AUGCAGUCACUCGUCACCCCGCGAGUAUCUAGCUCGGUUGCUACUGGUUCGGACACGGGCACGACUAACAUUGAUUAUCCUCGUGACAAUGAAACUCCAUCACCGCAUUCUCCUGAUAGGGAGACCAAAGAUAUCCUGAACGAACUGAUGGGAUACGAGGGGCUCAUAUCUGUCAAGCAACAAUUCUUAGACAUACUGUCUAAGAUUAUCACCUACAGAGAACAGGGCAGAGAUUUAAAGUCUGAGAGGUUUAAUGCUGUAUUCCUGGGAAACCCGGGAACAGGAAAGACUUCGAUUGCUCGCUUAUACGCCAAAUUCCUCUGCAGCAUAGGGCUCCUGGAAUCAGACUACGUAGAGGAGAGAUCCGGCAUGAUCAUGGCGACUCAGUCCUCAAGGGACAUCGACACGGUGCUAGAGGAAUUGGUAGAUAGAAUGGACGGUGGAAUUCUACUUAUCGAUGAGGCUUCCCGACUGGUUUCACAAAAUACAAACAACCCUGGGCUAGCAUUGGAUCUCAUACUUACGGCGAUGGAGAAUAAUGUAGGAAAGCUUGUUGUUAUUUUCGUCGGGUACAAGGAUGACAUGGAAUCAUUCUUUGAAUAUAACCCCCGUCUUAGCAGCCGAAUCCCCUAUAUCGUCAACUUCGAAGAUUUCACGAACCGCCAGCUCAAGGAGAUCCUUUGUGGAACAAUCAACAGCCAAUAUAGUGAGCGCAUGAAAGUCGAGGGCGGUCUGGAAGGAUUGUACAUAGGAAUCGCUGUCAACCGUCUAGCCCGGGGCCGUGGCAGCAGAGGCUUUGGCAAUGCGCAUGCAGUUCACAAUCUCCUGGCUCAAAUUUCACAGAGACAAGCUCGACGACUAGAAAUCGAACGGCAGGAAGGCAAACGGGUGGAUUAUUUUUUCUUCACAAAAGAGGACUUGAUCGGGCCCGAACCGUCACUCACUGUCCAAGCUACUACAGCGUGGAAUAAAUUGAACACGCUCAUCGGAUUGGAAGGAGUGAAGGAUAGUGUGCGGAUCAUGAUUGAUACACUGCAACAGAACUACUGUCGGGAAUUAAAAAGACACAAACCUAUCGCGCUACAGUUGAACCAGAUAUUUGUUGGGCAGCCAGGUACUGGAAAGACAACAGUGGCUAAAUUGUACGGUCAAAUACUGGCUGACUUGGGAUACCUCAGUCGAGGUGAUGUGGUAUUAAAAACCCCGACGGACUUCAUAGGUGAUUGCCUUGGGCAAUCUGAAGUGAACACCAGAAAGAUUCUUGAUGCCUCUAUUGGAAGAGUACUGGUAAUUGACGACGCAUACAUGUUGGACCCGGGCGAUUCUAGUAGGGAUCAAGACAAGUUCAAGACCGGCGUAAUUGAUACUAUGAUAUCAAUGAUACAUGGAGAGACUGGAGAAGAUAGAUGCAUUAUCCUUGUUGGCUACGAAGACAGGAUUCAAAACAUGUUUCACAACGCAAACCCAGGUUUUUCACGCCGAUUUCCUGUCGAGCAACCCUUUCGCUUCGAAAAUUUCGAUGUAAACCAAUUAGAGCAGAUCUUACGGCUCAAGUUAAAAGAGCAGCAUCUUGCCUGCACGAGUCAAGCCAUCGAUGUGGCUCGUGAAGCCUUCAAAAGAGCAUUGAUGCGACCAAACUUCACAAAUGCAGGAGUGGUAAAUGAGGUCUUGGGGGUGGCGAAGAUGAACUAUAUGAGGAGAAAACCGAAGGUAACUACUGAGAAUGAUAGUAUUGACGAAUUUCAGGCAGUGGACUUCGACAUAGACUUCCAUACACGUCCUAUACUCGAUUUACGCAAUACGUUAGAGAACCUGGUGCAUAGUAGCGUCACCGACAAGCUUGUCGGUUAUCAAAGGCGGCACAUGAGGGCGAUCAAACGGGGUCUUAGCCCAAGAGGUAUCAUUCCUACGAGAUUCGUGUUCAAAGGGGCAUCAGGAACGGGUAAAGCUAUGACAGCCCAGACAAUGGCAGAGCUCUUCCACGAUAUGGGAUUCCUCUCGAUGCCAAGCGUUAUCGAAUGCUCUGCAACUGAUCUUAUAGGACAAUACGUCGGCCACGCAGUCCCUCAAACACGAAGGAAGCUCCAGGAAGCCGUGGGACGAAUCCUCUUCGUCGACGAGGCAAACCGUCUUAAUACCGGUCCAUACGCCACCGAAGCCGUGGAUGAAAUAGUUCGGUAUCUAAGCCAGCCGGCGAAUCAGUGCAAAAUAAUCGUCAUUCUCGCGGGUGACAGAGUUGGAAUGGACCAAUUGAUGAAGCGACCCGCCCUGUCAAACCUAUUUACAGAGGAGAUCGUGUUCGAAAAUAUACCACCGGAUAAUUGCAUUGCACUUCUCAACAAAGAAUUAGAAUGCAAUGGAUUCGUGAGUGAAGCGAACUUCUUAACUAAUGCCAGCUCGGAAGGUUAUAGCCAGGUCAGGGAGCACUUCCGUAACAUGCAAACAACACAGAACUGGAGCAACGCUCGCGAUGUGAAAAAUCUAGCGAAUGAGAUUAUUGGAAGGGUUCUUGAACUAGACGACGAAACCCAAGAUAUGCGAACCAUUUCUGUAACCCAAGCUACGAGCUGCAUGGCGCAAGUCUUCGCACGGCAAAAAUCUCGGUCCGUUACUGCAAACACGACCAUCCAUGGGACAUCACCGCAUGCAGCAUUUCCUGGCCCUCAUGAGCCUUGGCCGGAUCUAAAACAGCUAUUGCCUUCAUUGCAGCGAUUGUCCUCCAAUACGAGUACGAGUCGGGUCGCGCAUAGUCAUUUCACAAACGCCGACGUUGACAUUGCAGUAAGAGGCAAUAAUCAGCCGACCCAGGAUGCACAAAUGCCUAGAAUAGCCAUAAAUCACAACCAACAGAGGAAGAAACAUGAAGAUGUGGAACGGGAAGAUGGGUCGGCAGAGACAGAGACAAAAGUCCAGGAUGCUCAGCGCAAGGCCCAGAUCCAUGACUUGCAGGAAAAAUUACAAAAAGUCGGAGAUAAAUUGGUGAACACUAGCGAAGAGGAGGAAAUGAAGGGUCUCUCCGCGGAAUGUGAUAUUCUGAGCAAAAAGCUGGAAGCACUCCGCCAACGCGAGGAGGAAGAAAAAAGGAUUCAGGACAAACUAAAGAAGAUGGGUAAAUGCGAAUAUGGGUAUAACUGGACUCAGGUGGAUGGAGGCUAUCGAUGUGAAGGUGGCUCCCACUUUACCAGUGAUGCUGAACUCCAGUCUAGGUAGUAGUAUGCCGCGGAUAAGG